CAACUUUUACAACAUUGUUAGCUUUGUCUAUUAAGACGAGAAAACUGAAAAUUUGUGUUGAACUCAUUAAGAAAUGCCAAAACAAGAUUGUAAAUACUGGGAUAAAUGUUAUCAAAGAAACGAGGCACAUUUGGAAAAAUACAAUCACCCUCCCAAGGAUCAAGAUGGCGAUCGAGAAAGGAGUGAAGCGGAUAAAGUGGCGCCAAAACGAAAGGCAGAUGGGAAAGAGCAAGAUAAACCAAACACAAGUCGGAAUAGUAUAGACGAAGAUCACAAUCCGCCCGCAGAGCAUGUAAAGGAUGUGGGUGCAUAUGAGUCAGAGACAGCUGAGCUGCACAAAGAAGCAUUGAGUAAUAUUGCUGGGAAAAAUUACAUGGAAGUAUUAGAGAAGCGCAUACGUCUUUCAGUGCAACAAGAGUACGAUUCGCUAUGCGAGACUAACGAAUUCAUAAGGCAUAAAUUUCUGGUUGAGAUGCCGCCAGAUUUUUACGAAUUUUGGACUUUUAUUAAUACGCUAAAAAAGGAUACAACAAAAGCGGACGCACUAAAGCACAUUGAGACUGUUUUUCAGCUACAGCUUGUGGGCCCAUUUGAAUUCUUAGCGGGAAAUUUUCACAAGGCGAAAAUAGGUGAGCCGGGCGACUACUUACGUCAUUGGCGCUUCUAUUAUGAUCCCCCCGAGUUUCAAACAGUCUUCGUACGUCGCGGCACUGGAAUCCACUAUGGGUACUGGCGCGACGAGCCACAGGACAAGGAUAAGCUGCUGGUGGCUCGCAAUGAUAUGACGCGUGGCUGUGAAUUUGAAUUUGUGGCUGGCAAUAUAUUCGACGCUUUCCUUUAUUACCUGCAAAAUGAUUUUGUGGGUACACCGUUCUCUGCAACGCAGGUGUCGGCUGCAAAGAAAGCACUGCAGAAGCAUAUAAGUGAUAACUCGGUGGAGUUGGCUCCAUUGGAUCGUUUGCAACGGGAGCGUAAUAAGCGCGUGGUGGCCAAGACAUUUCACCGUCUUGGAAUUGUGGUUCCCUUUGAACGCAAGACCCAACAAGGCUAUCGCCCACUAACUGUCAGCGAUGCGGAGCUAAAGAAGAUGCUGUCACUGUUGGAAUGUAAUGGAGUGGAAGACAGCAGCGCAAAGCAGGCUGUGCUGGAGAAACUACAACCGGUUGCUAAUGCCGCCAAUAUUGCUGUUGACGAAUGCGACUUUGGUACUGCCCUGGAAUUGGGCAUCGAUUUGUUCUGUAGCGGGUACAAAGAGCUCCACAUGCUAGCAUCCUCUUUGAUUGUUCCCGCAUAUUCUCUGCUCUCUCGGCCUCAGUUUAUAGCCAUUGCUAAAGCCCAUAUGGAUCGUCGUAGCCGAGAGAUAAAGCUUAGCAUUUUUGAUGUCAUGGUGUAGUUAUGAUAUUUUGCAUGUAAUUAAAAAUGUUUAUUUUUUCAUUCAAAUUUAAAGCCUGAACCAUACAUAUAUUUUGAAAAAAGAAAUAAGCUAA